AUGAUAGGACGAUUGUAUUCUUUAAUUUUAUCGCUUGGCAGCCUUACAUUAAUCACAUUUUGUUUGUGGUCAGCAUGGAGCAAGAUAGCCAAUGUCGACGAAUCACAUGUAGGCCAUGUCGAAUAUCGUAUACUUACCAUAGAAAAUGUUACCUCAAAACCAUUCGAGUUACAUUCUUUGGCCGAUACGGACCUUCACUCUUUAAUCGAUUUGCCAUCUUUCAAUUUCAAUAUAAACCAAAAGGUAUGCAACAACAACACUAAAUUGAUAAUGGCUUUAGUUCAUACUGCUCCUGGACAUUAUGCUAAACGUCAGGCUAUAAGAGAGACAUGGGCAAAGAUGAUACCAACAUUAUUUUUUAUGGGUCUCCCAGAUUCAAACAUUACUCAAAGCGAUGUUGUCUUAGAAAAUAAAAUGUACAGUGAUAUUAUCCAAGGCGAUUUUAUAGAUUGUUACCGUAAUUUAACUUAUAAACAUGUGAUGGUACUAAAAUGGACUUUGUACUAUUGUCCUUGUGCCAGGUAUUUGCUCAAAACUGAUGAUGAUACAUUGGUUAAUGCACCAUAUUUAUUGGAAAUACUCAAUCAUAGAUUAUCACCUUUAGGAGCACGAAAUUUGCUUAUGUGCCAACUCAUGUUUUCAAGUAUGGUGAAACGUUCAUAUCGAUCUAAAUGGAGAGUUUCAUAUUCAGAAUAUCCAAAUCGUUGGUAUCCAAUUUAUUGUAGAGGCUGGGCGAUAGUGUAUUCGCCAGAUGUAAUUUAUAAACUAUACACAGAAGCACAAGUGUCUCCAUAUUUUUGGAUUGACGAUGUUCACAUAACUGGUACAAUAGCUGAUAAACAAAAUAUAACUCAAACAGAUUUAGGAACAUUAGCAGUUGAUGAAUCUGAUGUGCUGGGCGAUAAAAAUAUUAGUCGCAAGUUUUUAUUUUGCUUACUAACUAAAGCAGAUCAGUCAAUGAGAACAUUUUGGAAAACUCUUUUACAAUCAAAUGAUACUGAUGUUUCAUCUUCAACCAACCUUGGGCUUGACGAAAAUGUUGGUAAUAAAUAA